ACAAAAGAAGGACAUAAGGAACCCCCAGCAGCAGCAGCAACAACAACAACAACAAUAAAACAAAUUCAACAAUAAACCGUAACAAUAACAAAAGCCAAACAACAACAACCAAUAUAACAUAUAAAUAAAAUAAAUAACGAAAUAAUACAACAAGCAAAGCAGAAAAAACAAACCAAACCAAACCAAACCAACACACACACACACAUAAAAGCAACCACAACACAUAAAUUCCCCCCAAAGCAGCAGACAAAAGAAAAAAGUCAAAACAAAACAAAUACAACAAAUGAAACAAACAACCAUAAAACGCAACUAAUACUACAGCAACUACAACAAACUACAACAACCAUUCAAUCAAUAAAUCACUCGAGAAUCCCUUUCAAAGUACAGAAAAAAAAAAACAAAAGAAAUACCGAUAACAAAGCAGCAAUAACUAAAUCAACGCCAUAACAAUUAAAUCUUACACUCAACGAAAAAAGAAAAAAAAUAGUAAAACCCAUUGAAAUUCAAAACAACAAGACAUUUUCGGCCCCUCAAAAAAAAAAAAAAAAAACAAAAAACAAGUAAGACAAAAUUUUAUGCAGUAAAAUAGUUCAACAAUAAUACCAAAUCAACAAAGCCCCUCAGAAAGAAAAAACCUCUGAAAUCUCCCCCGGAAACCGAAAACAGGAAACAAUAAAAAACCGUCAAAAUUCAAAAUAGCCAAAAUUUGUUAAAUUUUUAAGAGAAACGAUACAAAACAAAAUCGCCAACAACAAUUUAAAUUUGCCCUCCCCCGACAUCCAGUUAAGGAAACGACAAAAUCCCAGUUUUGGUAAAGCUAUAGAAAAACUAACAAAAUAUAAUUCAUAUAAUUUUUGUGUUCUAAGUUUGUGAUUUCAUUUCAUGUGAAAAAAUGUUUCUUUCAAAAAGUCAAAAUCACAGCACAAUGUUCUGAACAAACAAAAGAAGAAGAAAAAACACUCGAAAGCGAAAAAAGACAUUUUGAAAAAAAAAAAAAAAAAAAAAAAAAAAAAAAAAAAGAGGCAAGUGUAACAAAGCACUGAAGUAAAAGCAUACAAAAAGCUACAAAAUCUAACAUUUUGACAGCAAAAAGUUAAGCAAAACCUUGAAUUAGAGGGUAGUGAAAAAAUCGCCCCCCCUCCAGCAAACUGAACAAAACAAAAACUUCACCAAAUAUUCAAGUUUUGGUAAAAGGAAAUCUAAAAUUAAAAUCCUUUCAUUAAAAAUCUCGGAAAUAAUUCAAACCAUAUUUCGAAAGUAAAGCAUCCAAAUUUGAAAAUAAAAACAAAAGCAAAGAACCAAAAUCACUUAUUGUGUAAUUGUGCAAACCACAAAAUUUUAAUUCCAAAAUAAAACGGAAAUAAAAAAGAACAUUAAAAAUUUAUAUUAUUAAAAAAAAAAAUAAUAUUCUAAGGAGUUUAUUAAAAAAAAAAAACAAAAAACAACUGGAAAAAUUAAUGUCUUAAACAACUAAACAUUUUACUGCAUUAAAAAUAAACAAAAACAAAAUCUACCAAAGCAAAAACUUAAAACAUCUAAAACACUCCAUCGCAUACUUCCCAAGCAAAAAACUCAAAAUUUAGUUUUUUGGCCCACUAUCAGUUGCUGUUCAAACAACCUAUUAAAAGCCAGCCCAUCAUCAGUCGAAGCGAAACUUCUUAGCAACAACAAGGAUCAGUUCAAGAAAAAGAAGCAGAAAUUAUUGCUAAACAACAAUUUUGGCUUAGAAUUGCAAAAUUUUCUUUAAGGAUACCCUUUGGAUUAGUAUCGAGGAAAGAGUUUAAUUCUCAAACUUCAGCUGAGCCCAACCAGAGUAUAAGUUUUAACAGCAAUUGUGUGAAAAGCUGAGAGAACAUACAUUUUGUCUAAACCACACUUGGCAUACAAACAAAAAAAAAAAAAAUAAAAAAAAGAACAAUUCUAAUUAAAACAAAACAAAAUCCCAUUUUGGACAGAAAAACUCAUAAAAAUAUUUUGAAAUAAUUUAUUUAAGAACAAACAAAUAAUACUGAAAAAUCUAAAACGAAAUAAUACAACAACUUAAGAAGAAAGGAAAAUAAUAAACAGGACUAAAAAGAAAACAACACAAGAAAACAGAAAACGGCAAAUUUAUUAAAAGAGUAACAAGUUUCAAAAAACACACCCCUGAGAAAUAUAAAACCCAUAUUAGCAACUUGAAAACCCCGAUACAUCGGAGGAAUCAAAAGAGAAAGAGAGAGAGAGAGAGAGAGUUAAAACUAUAGAAACUCACUUCUUGUGAGCAGAAACUGCAAAGAGCCAGAGCACAAGAGAAUUAUAAUCAUCAUAAUGAAUAUAUACAGUUAUCACUGAAACCCUCUCCCUUCUUGGGGAGAGCCACUGAGAGACAGUUAAGGCAUAUAUUAAGCACCGAGUGUUUGACCAUAAAGCCAAGACACAAACCAAAACAACAAAACUAAACGAACGCUACACACGUUUUACUUGUAACCCACCCACAACACUCACACAGAAUCAACCACACACAAAAUGGCCAUAAACUUUUCCGCCUCGUUUGCGGCUUGCAUAGCGGCUGGCCUUAAAGUGCCGCGACAGAUUAUGUAUUGCAUAACCCAGGAUACGGGGCAGCCGUAUGUGCUCUACAAAGACUCACAGGAGGCAGAACGUAAUGCGGCAGCCAUAGGUGGUACACCCACACAAUGGGGCACCGAAAUGUAUCCUGGCAUACAGCAACAGCAUUUAAGCGCACAACAACAGAAUGCCAUUACAGCGAACGGGCAGGCGGCUGCCUCGAAUGGACCCACAUCGCAUUCACCCAAUGGUGAUCAUCAUGCUCGUGAGAACGGAGGGGAUGGUGGUGGUGUGGCAGGAGCUGGGGGUGGUGUGCGACAACAGGGUUCACCAUCGACCAGCCCCUAUCCGCCACAGCAGCAGCAGCGGACGAAUGGAACGAAUGAGGACGAUGUGAAUAUGAAUCAGGUCAAUGGAUUACAACAAUCAAAUUCCAAUCCAAAUGCGAAUCCAAACCAAAGCUCAAAUGAUCCCCAGCAACAGCAUCAACAGCAGCAACAACAGAACGGCAAUGGCGGUCCACCAUCGUCUGACAAUAAUCCAGCGGGGAAUAAUCCACAGCAUGUGCAACAACAACAGAAUGGUCAAGCCAAUGAUCAUGCCAAUGGUUUUCCAGGCUCACAAAAUGGCGAACUCUCAAGUUAUUAUGCCCCACGUCAUCCAGCAGCCCAGGGUGGCCUGAUGGCACCGCCUGGCUUCCCACCUUUACAUUAUCUCAACAAACCUAUGCUGCCGGGCUUAAAUGGCUCCAUGGACCAGGGUUCGGCCAAUGGGCCAGCAAAUGGGCUGGAGGCCUAUGCUUUGCCAGAACUGUUACCAGGUCAAAAUGGUGCGGCAAAUGGUAACAAUCAACAGAAUGGGGGUGCAGGUCAUAAUGCAUCAACGGCCAAUGGUGCGGGAGGUGGAAGACAUGGCUCCGGAGGCAAUUCCUCGGGCAAUCACAAACCCCCCAAGCCUCACAGUGAUCUAAGGCUUUUUAAAUGUCUCACCUGCGGCAAAGAUUUCAAGCAGAAAAGCACCCUGCUGCAACAUGAUCGCAUACACACCGAUGCCCGACCGUAUCCCUGCUCGGAGUGUGGCAAACGUUUCCGGCAACAAUCGCAUCUCACGCAACAUCUGCGCAUCCAUGCCAACGAGAAGCCAUUCACGUGCGGCUACUGCAAUCGAGGCUUUCGCCAGAGGGCGAUACUCAAUCAACAUGUUCGCAUCCAUUCGGGUGAGAAGCCCUUUGCGUGUCCCGAGUGCGGCAAGCACUUUCGCCAGAAGGCCAUCCUUAAUCAACAUGUGCGAACCCACCAAGAUGUUUCACCGCAUCUUAUAUUCAAGAAUGGACCACAUCCCACUUUGUGGCCUCAGGAUGUGCCCUAUCCGGGCGAUGAGACUGAUACGAAAAAUGGCAUUGCCGGUGAUGGCUAUAAUGAUGAGGACUCACAAAAUGGCCAAGAUGGUGGUAUACAUUAUCCCGCUUACUUCAAGGAUGGUAAAGGUAAUUUUUAUGUCCAGCAGCUAGGCUUUGAUGUUAUAUUCGGGGUUUUUUUUUUUCGAGCAGGUCAGAAAAUUCUACCAGAUGUUCUGUCACACAUUGGUAUCCGUCCGGCAAAUAUGCCUCUCUAUGUGCGUUGCCCCAUUUGUGAUAAGGAAUUCAAACAGAAGACCACAUUGCUGCAACAUGGUUGUAUACAUAUCGAAUCGCGUCCAUAUCCUUGUCCCGAAUGUGGUAAACGUUUCCGUCAGCAAUCACAUUUGACGCAACAUUUACGCAUCCACACGAAUGAGAAACCAUUCGGGUGUUUGUAUUGUCCGCGUUUCUUCCGGCAGAGGACGAUACUGAAUCAGCACGUUCGCAUACAUACCGGAGAGAAGCCUUACAAAUGUGGCCAAUGUGGCAAAGAUUUCCGUCAAAAGGCAAUUUUGGAUCAGCACACAAGAACGCACCAGGUAGGUGAUCGGCCUUUCUGCUGUCCCAUGCCUAAUUGUCGAAGACGUUUCGCCACCGAAAACGAAGUUACCAAACACAUUGACAACCAUAUGAAUCCCACGACAAAGCGUAGUCGCCAGGCCAAUAACACGGCCAAUAAUAAUAAUAGCAACAACAAUAACAACAACAACAAUUCACAUGCAGCAGCCGCUGCAGCAUCGGUGGCCGCCGCCGCGGCAGCCAAUCAUUUGAUAAACGAAACCAAAAAUGCAGCAGCUGCCCAACAAUUUCUGAACAACAACAAUCCUGCGGGUGACAAUAAAAACAACAUACUGCCACGUGGCAUGGGGGCACCCAAUCCCGGUUCGCAGGUGAAAAAUGAGCUGUAUUUCCCACAAUGCUAUGGGCCACCAUUCCAACAUCCGUUCCAAACGCAACAACCCACGGCAGCACAUGCCAAUGGACAGCCGGCUGUAACGGUAAGUGUGGCAAAUUCGGUGGCACCGGGCGUUGUAGGGCAACAGAAUGCCCCCACAUCGGUGGUGGUGGCCCAGUGACAUCCCCCCACAACGGGAGCAACGGCACAACAGACAACAGCUGGCGGAGCAGGUGGCAUUACCACACCAGCCAGUUCACAUAGUGCACAUCAGCAACAACAACAACAACAACAGCAGCAGCAGCAACAGCAACAAGUGAGCCAACAUGCCAGCUCGGCGGCGGCAGCAGCAGCCGCUGCCGCUGCAGCCCAUAGUCAAGCACCGCAAACGGUUACAUUGUCCAUAACGCUGCCGCCGGUGGGAGCUUUGCCAUCAUCGGCGGCCGCUGCAGCAGCGGCAGCAGCCGCCUCGGCCCAUCAUCAUGGGCAGGGGCAUGUGGUGAAUACCUCACAUGCCCAUACACAGCCACCAGCAGCGCCGCCGCCAACUUCGGGGCCGCCACCCACACUUUCACAUGCAAUUCCCAUACAUCCUCAUAUACACUCAAUAUUCGGAUCUCUAUGAUAAUAUCAACCUACACAUCAUUCAUAACAAUAACAACUACAACAAUAACAAUUACCACAACAUACUUAAGUAUACAACAAAAAUUACGAAAGUUACAAUUUUAUAAGAUUUUUUUUUUUUUUUUUUUUUUUUGCAAAAACACUCUUUCUAUGGAAGGAGUUCUUUUUUAAGUAUGGCUAAGGCUAAGCAACAGGCAUAAGAACACUGAAAGUAUGGAAGUAUUCUGCAACAAAGAAAAAAAAAAAAAAAAGAAAACAACGAGCACCCAUUUAUUAUUGUUGCCCAGGAUACAAUGCCACCAAAAAGGUAAUUGAAUGUAAACAAUUUUAUCCAUGAAUGAGAGAGAGAGAGAAAGAAGAAUUCCACCUCACCUCACUCUAUCAUUGAUUUUACAUACAUCCAUUUCACCUUGCCCACAUACUGUAUACUUAAACAAGAGUUUAGUUAUUCUUAAAAAAAAAAAAAAACAUCAAGAACCAAGGCCUACUAACCCUUGUAAGGGGUUACAAUCUAAACAAAGCCACUUUUUGAGAUAAGCUUAUUUGAAAAAAAAAAACAAAAAAACAAUCUAUACGAUUAUUAUUAAUGACACACCCACACUCAUAUACAACUUACACACAUACAUACACUUGAAGGUUUUAUAUCUUUAAAUUGUAUAGGAAAAGUGUUUCAACAAAAAAAGAGCAACUAGUCUUUUAGAAAAGGACUCUAAACUUGGUAAACAUUAAAUGGAAGACAAAAUGACAGAUGAAAAGCAACAGCAACACGCAAAACAAAAAACAAAAAUACACAACAAAAAACACUUGACACUUAACACUUUUCGUUUUGGCAAAACAAAAAUUAUAAUAAUGGGAAAUAUAUAUAACAACCAAACAAAAAUUUAAUGAAAUUAUUUUUUUCAUCAUAAGUUUUGAUUUAUUUUUGAAUUUUUACAAAAAUUUUUAUUUACAUACUUUUAAGUAUUUUGGAGGUUUUUAAUGUUUUUUUUGUUUCAUAGUGGGUAGGAGAUUUUAAAGAAUUUUCACAGUGUGGUACUCGUACAUACAUGUAUAAGAGCUAACAAAUUUAGACUUUCAAAAGUAAAUAAACUAUAGACAUACGAAAGUUUCUACAAAAAAUCGAUAGAAGGUCUUAUCAAGUCUUUAUAGAUUUCUAAUCCAUAUAUCCUGCAAUCCAUAGAUUCCAUUGCAGGAUAUUGUCCGGCUAUAGACCAUUUACUAAAUGAAGCCCUGAACUAAGUUUAUUUGACAGUUCUAUAAAGAAAAUCUGUUAAAUAAGCCUAUUUCCAAUCUACUGUAAGUUUUGUGAAUACCGGUGUACAACUCUGCUUUGAAUUCUUUGAAUAUAUACAUGGCAUCGAUUU